AUCAUUCAAAAUGGCUUUUGGCAUAAUAACCUCAAUGUUAGGAAUGAUUCCACUCUUAGCAAUCGGAGUAAAUUAUUUUCGUUACGAAAAUAAUGAUCCGGAAUCAAGGGUUAUUGAAGCUGAUGUCCGUAGACUUCGAAGUCAUUAUGAUUUUAUUGUUGUUGGUGGUGGUUCAGCUGGUGCCGUAAUAGCAAAUCGUCUAUCAGAAGUUAAAAAUUGGUCUGUACUGUUACUGGAAGCAGGCGGUGAUGAAACUGCUAUAUCUGAUAUACCAGCAUUAGCUGGUUACCUACAACUCACUGAUCUUGAUUGGAAAUAUAAAACAACGCCAUCUGUAAAUCGAUCUUAUUGCUUAGGAAUGAAAGGUGAUCGAUGUUUUUGGCCAAGAGGUAAAGUACUCGGUGGUUCUAGUGUACUUAAUGCAAUGGUCUAUGUAAGGGGUAAUAAACAUGAUUACAAUCAUUGGGAAAGUCUUGGAAAUGAUGGUUGGGGCUAUGAUAAUGUUUUAAAAUAUUUCUUAAAAUCAGAAGAUGUUCGAAAUCCUUAUUUAGCUAAAACACCAUACCAUGAAACUGGUGGAUACCUAACAGUACAAGAAUCACCUUGGCGUACACCACUUUCAGUUGCAUUUAUUCAAGCUGGUCAAGAGAUGGGUUAUGAAGAAAGAGAUAUUAAUGGUGAAAAACAAACUGGUUUUAUGUUAACACAAUCAACAGUUCGACGUGGCUCUAGAUGUAGUACAGCGAAAGCAUUUUUGAGACCAGUAAGACGAAGAACUAAUUUAGAUAUUGUUAUGUAUGCUCAAGUCACAAAAAUUUUAAUAAAUAAAAAUCGAAAAACCUAUGGGGUAGAAUUUGUUAGAAAAAAUCGUAAACAAGUUGUUUAUGUUAAUAAUGAAGUUAUUUUAUCAGCUGGUGCUUUAAAUAGCCCACAACUUUUAAUGCUUUCUGGUAUUGGACCUUCAGAUCAUUUGCAAGAAUUUAGAAUACCGGUUGUUGCUGAUUUACCAGUAGGAAAUAAUUUACAAGAUCAUGUUGGUUUAGGUGGAUUAACAUUUGUUGUUAACGAACCAGUUACUGUAACUAGGCAGCGUUUUGCAACAAUGGCUGUAGCAAUGGAAUAUUUAGUGCGUGACCGAGGUCCAAUGACAUUCACUGGAGUUGAAGGUGUAGCAUUUGUUAAUUCAAAAUAUCAAGAUCCGGCAAUUGAUUGGCCAGAUAUACAAUUUCAUUUUGCACCAAGUUCCAUUAAUUCAGAUGGAGGUGAUCAAAUACGUAAAAUACUUAAUUUAAGAGAUGGUCUUUUUAAUACAGUUUAUAAACCAUUAUUACAAGCUGAAACAUGGACAAUAUUACCAUUACUAUUAAGACCGAAAAGUACUGGAUGGGUUCGUUUACAAAAUUCAAAUCCAUUUGUUCAACCAAAGUUAAUACCAAAUUAUUUUGCAUAUGAAGAAGAUUUGGAUGUUUUAGUUGAAGGUAUUAAAAUUGCUGUUAAUGUAUCAAAUACAGUAGCAUUUCAAAAAUUUGGUUCACGACCACAUAAUAUACCAUUACCAGGCUGUAGACAUUUAAAAUUUAUGUCAGAUGAAUAUUGGAAAUGUUGUGUUAAACAAUUUACAUUUACAAUUUAUCAUCCAACUGGUACAUGUAAAAUGGGACCACCAUCAGAUAUAACAGCUGUUGUAGAUCCAAGACUUAAAGUUUAUGAAAUUAAAGGAUUAAGAGUAGCUGAUGCAAGUAUUAUGCCAACAAUUGUAAAUGGUAAUCCAAAUGCACCAGUUAUUAUGAUUGGUGAAAAAGCAUCUGAUAUGAUUAAAGAAGAUUGGGGUAUUAAAAGGCGGCAAGGUGGAAAUGUUCGUUAUAAAUUUUAAUUUAAUUAUUAAUUUUAGAUAGAAUAUUAAAUUAUUUUGAUGUUUGAUUACAAUUUAGGAAAUUUAAAUUUGCUUGUUUGUUUCUUACUCAUUCUACUUUAUAAAAGAACAUAACUAUAAUUUAGUCGAUAUAUGAAAGUAUUUUUAACUAUAUUGCUAAAACUAAAGUAGAGGUAAGCGCAACAUAAUCGUUUUGUUUAAUUUAUACUCUUCUUAGAAUUGUAAGAACUAUUCUAGCAAGCCUAGAUCUAAGGGCAUAUAUGUAAAAUUCAUGUGAACAAAAAAAUUAUUAUUAAGAAUAUUGUGAAUUAAAAUUUACGUUAUACUCUUAGUAUAAUUGAAAAUCGGUUAAGUAUUCUAUUAAAAUUGUCGAUUGUUACCUUUAGCUAGUCAACACUUUAUUAUAUUUUAGUUGGAAUUUCAAUUUUAUAAAAAUUUUUGAAGAAAUUUUAAUUAAAAUUAUAAAAAGGUUCAGAAACCAAUGACUGUAAGUCACGUUCCAUUAAAAUUAGGGAUGUUACAAAAACAAAUUAUUUGGUAAAAUAAAUUUUUUAUCGAUUUACACUGAUUGACUUCUGAGCCCCCUAUAUAUGUAAAUAAAAAACUUAUGAAUUAUAAGCAUUACAAAAUAAUAGAAAAAAAGUAAUUAAUUAAUUUUGUUAUUUAAUCGAAUCUUUGCAAAUGUUAUUAAAUUUAAAUAAGAAAAUUAAAAAAAAAGAAUUUAAUUAUAAGAAAU